ACACGAACAGGGACUCAAAAUACAAGCAGAGGAAGACGACGUUCACGCAAUAAGUUAAACAGUUUAAUAGGGAAAGAAGUGCAGUACAAUUAGAAUGAGAUUGUUUCGUUUAAUUAAAAAUACUUUUAUUCCUGGUGUUUUCUUCUUCGCCGUUGUUUUGUUUUUCUACGAUUUCGGGCAUCUUUAUCCUAAAGAUAUUCAGAGUAACAUACUCAUCCAAACUGACCGGAAAAGUCCUUCCAAUCGAACCAGGUUAGAAAAUCAAGUUACAAAAACGAAUCACCUGCAAGAAAAGAAACUGAAAGGAUACAGUGCGAAUUACGUCAGUACAGGGAUCAAGGAGACAGAUCCCCACAUCCUGAUGUAUAAUCGCGUUCCCAAGUCUGGCAGUGAGACUAUGACUAUGCUCAUUUCUACGUUAUCUCAUCUCAACGACUUCGAACACUAUAGAUCUUCAGUCUUCAAUAAGCGACAGCUUAGUAAAGACGAACAGAGGGCCUUCGUCCUUGAGGUGAUGAAACAUAAACCUCCUUUUGCUUAUGACCGACACAUUUACUUUACGAAUUUCUUCGAAUUUAAUUACACUAACCCUAUUUAUAUAAACACCAUGCGGGAUCCCGUGGAAAAGGUUAUUUCGCGGUUCUUCUUCUGGAGAGUCCCUGGUAUUCCAGUCUACGAAGAGCUAAAAGCGGCGGGAAAAGUAAACAUUUCUAAAACAGAAUGGCUAAAAAAGAAAUGGUUUGCCCGAAUUAACUCGGCAGAAAUCAAAAACAAGAAUUCGCAGAAGAAGGUGAUCUCUGAAGAAGUGAAAAAAAUCUUAAAGAAAAAUCUUACUAUGGAAUAUGAAUUUUACGAGUUUAUUCGUGAAAGGCUCCACGAACAAUUUAACCGUUUAAGGCUAAAGACUUGA